ACUGUGUGUUCGUGUCGUCCAGUCCACCACAGCUUUGCGGUUUAUUUUCUAUGCAUAUUUCCCAAAGGUUUCACCAUCGAGAUUUGUAACUUUGCCGUAUAUUGAUCACAUUACAAGUGAAUAAAAGAAUCCAAGAUCAUUGAUAGAAAGAAUGUCGUACGGAGGAAGAAGACCGUACGGUAGCUACCCUAGAAGGGAGUUGCCGCCCCUGUCCCCAACUUUUCGCCGUAACUAUGCUGAGCCUAACGUUCCUCCACGAGAGCCGAGCCGACCCGUCAUCCUGCCCAGCAUUGCUGACAAAUACGCCGACGGAGCUACCUAUCGUAGACACAGAAUGAAAUCUCCCGCGCCACCUGUGGACGAGAGUAUCUAUGAUUUUUCUGACCUGUCCACCAAGCUGCCUCCUAUUCGCCCUCCAGCACGUGGCAAAGAAUGCUAUGCUCCUGAUAAUGCUAGGAGACCAGACCAGAGAAGGCGUCCCGUACCACGUACACGAACAUAUGGUGGGGCACUUGGCUUCAGAUCUAGCACAGACACAAGGCGCUACUAGCUCAUUUAAGAAAUUUCAAAUUAUCUAUGAAGAAAACUGCCAUUACGUUUCCCAGAGCUACUAUCUUUCCUAUCCGUGUACCUUAUACAAUAUUUAAUGUCAUCUAAAGUUCAUAGAAUGGUUCAAAUUCCUGGUCAUGCUUGGUAAGAAGGGACACACAUUCAUUUCAAGCUAAGUUAUCUGUUUACUUUUACAACAACCCAACAAAGAUAUUUCGCUACUUAUCAUUUUCCGCCGUAUAUCCCACUAUAUAUUGCUGAUAUGUUGUAUAACACAAGAUGGUGCCACUGACGCCAUCUUUUCAUUCUAAAUUACAUGUUUCUCUACUUUGCAAUUUAAUACCGAAACAUGUUAAUUUGAAAUUCAUACCGUACUAAAUUUUCUAAAGCUACAUUUAAAUGCAGUAUGCAUUGAAAACCUUUAAUUGGAAGAAAAAGAUCUUAAUAAUUUAAUGAUGUAAGUCUGUGCAUUUUAAACCACCGAAAUGUAUGUAGGUAAUGUUACAACAGGUUGUAAAAAGAUAUUGAAAUUGCUUUUUUUUUUUUUCAGGUAUUAUAAUUAGUGUUUUAUAUCAUAGCAAAACAAAUAAAGUAUUUUGGUAAAUGAUAUUUUUGCAAAAGCAAGAGAAAUUUGAAAAGAUGGGGGAAAUGUUUAUUCGUAUAUAUAGAUGAUAUUGUCACUUAUUGUAUUAAAUGUAAACUAUUAAUUAAACAUGCCUGGCCAUAAAAAGGUAAAUAUUGAAGGAUGUUUGAUCAUACAAGACAUCUUGGGUAUAAUUUCAUGGAAUAUAAUUUGGUAUAAUGAUAUUGGGGAAUAGCAUUAUUGUAGCAUAUGGUUGGGUUAUAACGUUGUUGGGGCAUCACGUUUUUCAGAUAUAACGUUCAUGGGGUAAAAAAAACAUCUCUUUUUUGGUUUAGCGGUGAUUAAGUAGAACAUUCCCGGAGUAGAAUGUUGUCGGGGUAUAGCAUCGUUAGGGUAUAACGCUGUUGGGUAUACAACGUUAUUAUGGAAGAACGAUAUUAAGGCAGAAGGCAAUGCGUUGUUGGGGUAUAUUGUAGUUGCAAUGGAACAUUCCUAGGAAUACAACGUGUUUGUGGUAGAAUGUUGUUAGAAUAUCAAGUUGUAAUGAAAAAACGUUGUGUGGUAUAACAAUGCAUGAGUUAUCAGUUAUAUUGCCAAGAUAAACGUUGCAGGUUAUCAACUUGUUGUGGUUCAACGUUGUAGGCCGAUCACAUUGCUCGUUCCUAGGAUGUAAAAUUGUUGUAGAACAGAGAUAGAAAAAACAAAAACAAAGCGAGCCAAAAAAGAACAUAGGGGAAAAAGAACAAAACGAAAAAUAAGAAAAAAAAAGCAAAAGAGAAAGAAAAAAACCCUAAAAAAAUUAGAAAAGAGGCAAUGGCUUUAGGAAAAUCGAAUAAAGUCAGAAAUAGGGAAUGUUGCGUCCAAUGCGGGUGUACAAUCUUAGCAACCAUUAACGUCAUAUAAAAUGUAAUAAUAAUAAAUAGAAAUUAUAACAUGGAAGUAUAAAGAAAUUAAGUAAUAGGAGGUGGUAUAAUGUUGUUUGAAUAUACUCUUUUCAGGAGAGAACGAUGUGUGUUACAACGUUGAUUAGGCAGAACGUUGGUGAGGUAUCGAGAUAGUCAUAAUGUUGUGUGGAAGAACUUUGUUGGGCCUUUAGUGAAUAGAACGUUCAUAGAAUAGAACGUUGUUGUAGCAUAACGUUAUAAUGGUAUAACGUUGUUUAGAUAUAACGUUCUGAGGAUAAAACGUUGUCGUGGCCUAACGUUGUUGGGGUAUAUCGUUGUUUGGAUGGAACAUUCUUAGGAUAGCACGUUAAUUUGGCCGAACGUUGGUGGGUAUAUCGUUGUUUGGAUGAAACAUUCUUAGGAUAAAACGUAGUCAUGGCAGCACGUUGGCAGGGAAUAUCGUUGUUUGGAUGGAACAUUCUUAGGAUAGAACGUUGUUGUGGCCGAACGUUAUUAGAUAUAGCGUUGUUUUGAGUUAACGUUCUGACGAUAGAAAAAUAUGGUGGUAUCACGUUGUGUUGGUAUAACAUUGCUGUUUUGAUAAACCGUUAGAGACAUCAAUAUCAUAUACAUCUCAGCAUAUUAUCCCCGCAACAUGAUACACCAUUACAGGAACAUCCAAAGAACUGUGUACCUUGGUUACCCUUCCAUGAAAGAAAAAGAAAAUAAGAAAGUAAAUACCAAGAAAACAUAAGCGAGAAAAAGAUGGAAAAAAGAAAAAGAGAAAAGAAAGAAAAAUGAAAACAGAAAAAAAAUAGAAAAAAGCAGAAGAAAAAAAAAGAGUAAAAAAAAAAAGAAAAAUUGAAAGAAAAAUAGAAAAAAAAUAGAAAAAGAAAAAGGACAUUGUUGGAAUAUCUAGAUAAUGCUUAUAACAUUAUGUGAAAAAUCAUGUUGGGCCAUCAUCGUAUUUGGAAUAGAACGUUCAUAGGAUAGAACGUUGUUGUGGCAGAACGUUGUAGGGGUAUGUCGUUGUUUGGAUAUAACAUUCUGAGAAGAGAAAGUUGUUGUGGAAGAACGAUGUGUUAGUAUAACAUUGCCUGGAUGUAACGUUCUUAGGAUCUUACAUUGCUAUGGCAGAGCCUUUUUGAGGCAUACCUUUGUCUGGAAGAAACGUUGUUGGGAUAAAUAGUUAUAGACAACAAUAUCAUAUAUGUGUCAGCAUUUUAUCCCAACAACAUGAUACCUCACGACAGGUUUAUCCAAGGAACAGUGUAUCUACCCGUCCAUUAAAGAAAAAGAAAAUAAGAAAGGAAAAGAGAAAAAAAGGAAAAGAGAAAAAAAGGAAAAGAAAAAA